UAAACUCAUUCUCUGCACAUCUCUCAAGCCUUCCACACCUCACAAACACAUUAGCUCAACUCAUCAAAGCUAGUGCAUGCAACCAUAUACAAAUUCCCCAUAUUUCUAAACUACUAAACAACUUCCACUUCCCCAAUAAAACUAUAAAGUCCCCCUCCACCUCCUUCCCUCACCUGCAACCUAACAAUAAUGCAUCCCUCUCUCCUCCCAACCAUCCUCUUCCUCCUCCUCUCCUUCCUCCCCUCUCUCUUCGCCGCCACCGACUCCUGCUCCUCCUACACCUUCUCCACCGACGAAUCCUUCGACUCAUGCAUCGACCUCCCCUAUCUCAACGCCGCCCUCCACUGGACUUACGCGCCGAAACCCGGCACCCUCCGUGCCGCCUUUCGCGCUUCGCAUGCCAGUGAUGGUUGGGUGGCGUGGGGCAUCAAUCCUAUUGCGUCGAAGAUGAUAGGCACGCAGGCCCUCGUCGCCUUCCGCCACUCGAACGGUAGCCUGAUUGCUUAUCCGACGUCGAUCGAUAGUUAUGCGCCGGACAUGUCGCCGGGGGAGCUCGCUCUGCCGGUUUAUAACCUGCAGGCUGACUAUGUGGAUGAGGAGAUGAUAAUAUAUGUGACUUUGGGGGUGUGGAAUAGUAGUGAUGUGAAUCAUGUGUGGCAGGUUGGGAGUAAUGUUGUUAAGGAUAGGCCGCAGAAGCAUAAGAUAUUUGGUGAGAAUUUGAAGUCUGUGGGAACAAUAAGUUUUAUCUGAUCAAGUGGUGUUUUGUUGGAUGUGUUCUUGAGAAGUUUGUUUUUUAUUUAA